AUGAUACCUGGGCAAAGGCCGGUGUCAGCUCAGCAAGGCUUUCACCAGCAGCAGCAUCCGCAGAUCCAACCACAAGCGCCGCAAGCUGUGCUUCAACGGCCACCGCAGGCAUCGAUGAACUCACCGGCCACCGCGGGUAAGGAAACAGCGACGCAUCUCCCGCCGAAUCUCACGGCCGCCUCCGUGCGCACGCCGCCCUCCACCGCUGCAUCUACUUCGACUCCCGGCCCUAGCGUCUCAACGCCAACGCCCGCUCCGCCGGCCACGGCAAAGCCACUGACUAACAAGGCCAAGGCCACUCCCAAGGCGAAAGCUGCGUCUAUCCUCAAGCGCAAGCCGUCCGUCGCCAGCAAGAAUGACAAGCUCAUCGCGGUGCAGCCCGCCGAACCCGCCCCGAAGGUCGUGCCCUCACCCGACCCGUCGACGUCGCUGAAGCGGAAGCGCGAAGACGAUAGUCUCGCGGUACGCGCGGGGGCACCCGAUGUACCCUCGCCGAAGCGACCCAAGACCGAGUCGGAGCGGGAUUGUCAGCCUCAUCCAACGGUCGUGGAGAGGCAGAGGCAGAUUGAUGCCGUCGAGACCCCCGAAGAUGCGGUAGCGUUCUUCGAGCAGUUCUCGCGUCAAGACGGAUUGUGCUAG